GGAGUCGGUACUCUGUUUACAUCAUAUGGAUUCCAGGGAUCAAAUUCAGGUCGUCAGGUAUGGUAGAAAGAGCCUUUAUCCUGAGUUACCUCACUGGCCUCCUGGGUGCUUUUAAAUAGACUGAUGACAUGCUCAGAGUUAGCUAUGUAUGUAUUUAUGUAUUUAUGUAUGUAUGUAUGUGUGUAUGUAUUUAUCGGUGCUGAGGGUAGAACCAAGGACGUUGCCUGUGCUAAGAUCUACCCCAUAGCUUCUCUCUGUGUGCAGAGAAUAUUUUGGAGGAAGAGGUGAGAGGGAGAGAUGGAACCAUCAGAUGAGGUGGCCAUCAUUCCCCAUGCAAGAGGAAGAGUAUGAGGAUGGGAGAUUUAGCAAGACGGAAAAGGAGGAACCCAUUCUACCCCUUGGAACCCUAUCGCCGUCUUCCACAUCUCCCUUCCUCCUGAUAUUAAAAACAACUUAGAAACUAGAGUUCAGCCCCAGGGUUUGUGUAAGGUAGGAACCUGAAUGCUAGCUGGGGAGGGGAUGCAUGGCCCCACCCAUCCAGAGUCACAUGUCUGGAGCUAGCACUGACCACAGACCUGGCCCUGAAACAGACUCAGACACAGAGUGCUUGUCUUGCUGUGGCUGGGAGCUCAGGGUGUGACCCUGGGCAAGGGUAUAAAGGGGCCUCUGUUGGUGUGGGGCACGGUGCCCACCUGGACCAGGCCAGGCGCCAGAGGAGUGAGGAAGUGGCCUGAGAAUACUGAAGGGGAGAAACUUUGAGGUGACACACCUGAGGUUUGAGUGUUGUGUGAGCUAAGUCACUUCCUCACCUGUAAGUUGGGAACCGUAGCCUAACUUCCCUGACCGGCACAAAGUCAGCACUGUUUGUUGAUUGACUGACUGAUGGAUCGUUAAGUAUUAUUUAACCCUGACGCAUAACAUAAUAUGUGUUUGUUUGCUGAGCACUUUAUAGAUAUUGACUCAUUUGAUUCCUAUAAAUACCCACUAUACGUGAGUACCAUUAGUAUUUGUCCUUAUAUUAUACGGGGGAAACUGAGGCUCAGAGGCAAGAUCUGAACCCAUGUUCUAUGACUAUAUACUCCUGUCUCCAGAAGGCAAAGUGGGCAUUCCUUAGGCCAGGUGCCUCAGUGGGUGUGUGGGUCCUCCAGAGGGAGGAUGCUUCCCAGACUGUGUGUACCUGGGGGAAUAUAACUACACAUUGUUCCCAUGCAGAGAGACAAUAGAAAGAGAGAAUUCACCCUUCUUAGGAGCAGUAGGGGCCUAAGUUAGGACAGAGCAGGAAUCUGGAGGAAUCUUGUCACUGCCCUGCUGCCUGGGGCCCAGCUGUGUUCAGUAGAGGCUGAACUGGAUCUACAUUCUUCAACAAGGUUGAGUUAUACCCUGAGGGGUGACCAGCUGGGGGCAUUCCCUAGAGUCAAAUGUCCAUUGGAAUACAAAACAUGGCACAAGGGCCAUAGCCCAGGUCUGCAGAUGAAGGCCAGCCUAGAAGUGUGGUGAGCAGGUCUGCCCAGGCUGAGAUGGCAGCCAGGUAGGGAUAGGAAGGUGUGAGCUUCGGAAGAAGGGGGUGGGGGGUUAGCACAGGAAACAACAAGCAGUGUCACUGGAUGAGGACUCCAAGAGCCAAGCUUUUCCUGCCAGCAUCUCUACGUCCAGCUGUUCCUCAGAGCCACCUGGGUACAGAUGAAAAAGAAGUCACAGAUAGGUCUGGUGGCACAGGACUGUAAUCCCAGGACUCAGGAGGCUGAGGUAGGCUUGAGUUGGAGACCCUGAGCUACAUGUUCAGACCCUGUCCCCAAAACAAACCAAGCCAAGGCCAAAAUAGAGCACUGGGGCAUGUACUUGGGGGUGUGAAGUGUGAAUCAGAAAUGCACAGUCAUCCUUGAUUAUGUAGUGAGUUCAAAGUUAACUUGGCCACCAGGCACCCUGUCUCAAAUAGAGAGAGGAGAGGGCUGGAAAGAUGGCCAGUGAUUAAGAGCACUGGCUGCCCUUCCAGAGGACCUGAGUUCAGUUCCCAGCACCCACAUCAGGUGACUCACAACUGCCUGUAACUCCAGUUCCAGGGGAUCCAACACCCUCUGACUUCCUCCAGGGGCAAACACAAACUCACACAGGCAUACAUGCAUGCUCAUAAAUAAAAAGCUAAGUUGUCUUAGUCAUUGUUCUAGUGCUGUGAAGAGACACCAUGACGAUAGCAACUGUUGUAAAGAACUUCACUGGGGCUUGUUUACAGUUUCAGGGGCUUAUCGCAUGGUGAGGAGCUUGGCAGCAGACACGUGGAUCGGGCAUAGUGCUGGGGAAGUAGCUGAGAGUUCCGUCCUACAUGCCUAGAUCCACAGGCAGAGAAAGAAAGAGGCCACACCCCCUAAUCCUUCUCAUCCUAUCAAAUCAUGCCACUCCCAGCUGGGGACCGAACCCAGGGCGUUGCUGCUGGACGCAAGAUUCUAGCCCUUAACUACACUUCAGAAUCACUUGGGUAGAAGUUCAAAUUCCUCAGGCCACAGCACCAGCCAAGCCCAUCAGCCCACUAAGGGGCUUGAACAGUAGAAGUUUUCAAAGUUGUUGUUGGUUCUGGUUUUGGUUCAGGUAUGAAACGGCCACUGAGCCCACCCCCGUCAGGUGAGAAGGAGCCCCCCACAACUGCUGCAUCUGAGUGCCCCCCUCACUCUCCAGAAUCAUCGAAGCCUAAGCGGGAAAGGAAACGACCCUCCUACACACUGUGCGAUGUCUGCAACAUCCAGCUGAACUCUGCCGCUCAGGCCCAGGUGCAUUGUGGGGGACGCGCCCACCAGCGAAGGCUUCGGCAGCUCAGCCUGGGCAAGACCUCCACAGGGCCAGCAGGCCCGGCCUCCAGCGCCCCCAGCCCCUUGCUGGCCUCCCUGACCCUGCCCACCCAGCCUCUGCAACCCCCACUGGACUUGAAGCACUUACUCGCCUUCCACCUCAAUGGCACCACCCCGCUCAGUCUCUUCCCCAACUUCAGCACGAUGGACCCAGUCCAGAAAGCUGUCAUCAGCCACACGUUUGGGGUCCCUUCCCCUCUGAAGAAGAAGCUGUUCAUCUCCUGUAACAUCUGUCAUCUGAGGUUCAACUCAGCGAACCAGGCCGAAGCUCAUUACAAGGGCCAUAGACACGCCAGAAAACUCAAGGCUGUGGAAGCUGCCAAGAGCAAGCAGAGGCCUCGAAACCUGACCACAAAUGGGACAGUGGCGUCUACAGCCUCACCUCCAGCCAGCGGAAGCCCCGGAAACCCUCAGAGCAAAGAUCCAGCAUCCCCUCCUCGAGGCCCUUCACUUCAGCUACCACCGACCCCAGACCCAUCAACCAGAGACCCAGCCCACUCAGAACUUUCUGAUGCUGCCGCUUCCUCGUCCUCCUCUUCCUGCCCGCCCUGCUCCCCGGAUCCUAGCAGGGAAGCACCAGGGCCUGAGCCAGCAGAAGUGGCUGCAGGAAAUGGAGUGAAUGGGGAAGGCAGGGGUGAGAAGGGCCGCCUCUACUGCCCUACCUGUAAAGUGACCGUGAACUCGGCCUCUCAGCUUCAGGCUCACAACACAGGAGCUAAGCACAGAUGGAUGGUGGAAGGUCAUCAGGGCGCUCCCCGAAGGGGCCGGGGCCGUCCUGUGUCCCGAGGAGGAACUGGACACAAGACAAAGAGAGUGAUAGGAAAUCGUGGGGGCCGGCAGGGACCCAACCCUCCUUUCCAUUGUGCCCUCUGUCAGCUCCAUGUCAAUUCAGAGACCCAGCUCAAGCAGCACAUGAGCAGCCGGAGGCACAAAGACCGGCUGGCUGGGAAGCCCCCCAAGUCCUCCAGCCAGCACAGCAAACUGCAGAAACACACAGCACUGGCUGUGAGUGUUCUCAAGUCUAAAUUGGCCUUGCAGAAGCAACUCACCAAGACGCUGGCAGCCCGCUUCCUGCCCGGUCCGCUGCCCACCACAGCUGCUGCCAUCUGUGCCCUGCCAGGGCCCCUGACCCUCCGGCCUGCCGCCACGGCAGCUGCUACCCUCUUCCCAGCUCCUGUCCUGGGUCCAGCUCUGUUUCGCACUCCUGCGGGAGCUGUCCGCCCUGCUGCAGGACCCAUCCUUUUUGCUCCCUAUUAGUGGAUGGCCACAUCCUAUCUCUCCAAGCCGGAUACUUGUCUCCACAUCCCAAAGAGACUGCCUUUUGCAGUUUCCGGGUUCCCACCCAACCUGGGUAGCUGCUCUUCACUCAGACUGGGGUUUUUCCAGUCCCCUGGCUCUGAAGACCACUACCCUCCUUUCCUGGGCCAGCCCUAGGCUACCUUGCAUCAACAGAUCCCAAAGAUCUAUGCAAAAAUCUCAUCCCCAGUCUCAUGGUGCUCUCACACCCUGACCCGAACCAGAGACUUACACAGAGCUGACACCACAUCAUAGCUCCCAAGAGCCAGCCUCUCCUGCCAUGUUCUAGAGCCAUCUGGACAAUCAGUAAAGAUAAGGGCCUCAAACUGAAGUGGGCUGGAACCUACCAAGCAUAUUUACCAUGGGGUAGCCAGGUAUGGUGGUGCAUGCCAGCAAUCCUAGGACCUGGAUUGUGAGUUCAAAGUCAGUUUGGCCCAUUUAGCUAGACACUGACUCAAACAAAGCAAAAUCACCACAGGUUGGCUGCGGGGUAUGUACAGCAAAGGACCGUAGAGGAUAAGAGGCCCCCAAAGUUCUUCAUAAGUGUACUGUCAAAGUGAGGCAGAGGUGAAGGGAGGCUCCAUCUGUUCUGUGGGGAUGGGGCUCAAAGUUUAGAGUGGUGUUCAGGCUGGGCCUGACUGUGUAGUCCUGGCUGGUCUGGAACUAUGGACGCAGGCUGGCAAACCCAAGAAUCCACCUGCCUCUGCCUCUUGAGUAAUGGAACUAAAGGCAUGUACCACCCUUCCUGGGUCUGGCUGUAACAGAAGUGGCCUGUCUUACCACAGCUGUUCUUAGCCUUUCUGUGGUUUCUCUUGAACCCCCAACUCUAAGGGGGCUCUGGGUCUCCCUCAGCCUAGGGACUCUCCACUCCACACUGGGGUCUGGCCAUCCCAAGUGUGGCGUUUCAGGCUGGUACACGGUCCAGUAUGCCCGCAAGACCCACUUUCAUGUUGCCAAAGCCAGUGCCAUUCCCCCAUUCAACAUGGGAUUUUGCCAGUAUCUACCUAUGUCUUUUUUUUUUUUUUUUUGAAAGACAUUUCCAAUGGGACAAAAAAAGGGGAUAGGGGAAGGGAAAUUUUUUGAUAACAGCAGUUGUGGUUUUAUUGUGUCCAACAAACACAUCAAUAAAUGAACUUCAAGCCUGA